AUGGGAUUUGAGGAGAAAGAAGGCAAAGCGGCGGCAGCGGAGUCGGAGUCGGAAACGGAGACGGAGAGGAUCAGCCGGAAUCAGAGUGAGAGCUCCCUCACCACCGAGGAUGACGACGACGAUGAAGUCGAGAUCAAGAUUCAGUUGGGCCCUCAGUACACUCUCAAGGAGCUAUCCGAGAAGGAUAAGGAUGAUGAGAGUUUAAGGAAAUGGAAGGAACAGCUUCUUGGCAGUGUGGAUGUGGCUUCUGUUGGUGACACUCUCGAUGCAGAAGUGAAAAUUCUGAACCUUACUAUCAAAGCUUGGGGAAGGGAUGACAUUGUUCUUCCCAUUCCGGAGGAUAAGAAGCCCAAAAGCCCAUGGUUUACGUUGAAGGUAGGUAGCACGUAUAGCCUCAAAUUCGCUUUCAAGGUCAGCAACAACAUUGUGUCUGGUCUCAAGUACAAGAACACCGUCUGGAAAACGGGCAUCAAAGUCGACAGCACCAAGGAGAUGAUCGGCACAUUCAGCCCUCAGCCAGAGCCCUACACGCACGAGAUGCCUGAAGACACCACCCCAUCCGGCAUGUUUGCUCGUGGGAUUUAUUCAGCCAAAACACAGUUCCUUGACGACGACAACAAAUGCUACUUGGAUCUGGAAUACUCGUUUGAGAUCAAGAAAGAAUGGCCAUCACAGUAAGCCCCAGCAUCAGCGGAUCGAAGUACCCCGUUUAAUUCGUUCUUUGACUGGUUAUGUUCAUGUUUUUGUCAAACCAUAGCAUUAUUGAUCAUUCAAUUUGGACUUAUUUUUCUCAAUCUCUUCCAUUUAUCUGAGGUAUUACUUACUGUCAUGAAAUGGACUUAUUGUGUGUUCCAACCCAAACUAUAUGAAGAUGAAGAUUGCAAUGAAUCAUGGGCUUAUUACUGUCC